CUGGAAGGCAGCAGCUUCCCUCCCCUCCCCUGUCCUCCCAUCCCCUCCCCUCUCCUCUCCUCUCCUCCCCUCCCCUCCUCCCCCCUCCAGCCGCCUCUCCCCGCGCCCCGGCCGGCCGCGGGUCCUCAGAGUGCCUCCUGGCGCACGCUGCGCUCCGCCGGCUGGAUCAUGGAGGAGUUGGCCAGAGAGAGCAUCAGCCUGCUGGCGUCAGCCUCCGCCAAGCCGCCGCUGGACGCCGGGCCCCGGCUGGGCUCCACGGGGGCCGUCUUCAUCAUGCUGAAGUCCGCCCUGGGCGCCGGGCUGCUCAACUUCCCCUGGGCCUUCGAGAGAGCCGGGGGCGUGCGCAGCGCCGUGACCGUGGAGCUGAUCUCGCUGGUCUUCCUGGUCAGCGGCCUGAUCAUCCUGGGCUACUCGUCCUCCAUCAGUGGCGGGGCCACCUACCAGGCGGUGGUCAGGCAGCUGUGCGGGCCGGCCAUCGGCCAGCUGUGCGAGCUCUGCUUCGUCUUCAACCUCUUCAUGAUCUCCGUGGCCUUCCUGGUGGUGGUGGACGACCAGCUGGACAAGCGUGAGUCCCGGGGUGGCCCGCCCUGGCCCCCAGAGGCCGGAGCCAGCCCAGGUCAGGUCCCGCAGACGUCUGUAGGGACGCUGCUGACCAGUCAGCCUCCACCUGGAGCGUCCCAGUGCUGCUAG